CGCUGCUGGUCUCUACCCCCCGCCCGGCCCCUCCGCCCGCGCAUGCGCCUUGCCCCCUCCGGCGCGGGGAGGGGGAUGCGGACGGGGGAAGAUGGCGGCCUCGAACAACCCGCGGAAAUUCAGCGAGAAGAUCGCGCUGCACAACCAGAAGCAGGCGGAGGAGACGGCGGCUUUCGAGGAGGUGAUGAAGGACCUGAGCCUGACCCGGGCCCACAGGUUACAAUUACAGAAAACACAGUAUUUGCAGUUGGGACAGAGUCGUGGCCAGUACUAUGGAGGGUCAUUGCCAAAUGUGAAUCAGAUUGGGAACAGUGCCAUGGACCUGCCUUUCCAGACUCCUUUUCAGUCAUCUGGACUGGAUACAAGUAGGACAACUCGGCAUCAUGGUCUGGUGGACAGAGUGUAUCGUGACAGAAACCGCCUUGGGUCACCACACCGGCGUCCGCUGUCUGUGGAUAAACACGGAAGGCAGGUGGACAGUUGUCCAUAUGGCACUGUGUAUCUGUCGCCUCCAUCGGAUACAAGCUGGAGAAGGACCAAUUCAGAUUCUGCCUUGCAUCAAAGUACAAUGACCCCAGCUCAACAAGAGUCCUUUUCAGGAGGGUCACAAGACAUGCAGCAAAAAAGAGUGUUGUUAUUGACUGUCCCUGGAAUGGAGGAAAACACAUCUGAAACAGACAAAGCUCUUUCUAAACAAGCAUGGGACACUAAAAAGACAGGGUCAUUGAGGCCUAAAUCAUGUGAAGUUCCAGGAAUCAACAUCUUUCCAUCAGCUGACCAGGAAAACACUACAACGCUGAUUCCUGCUGCACAUAACACAGGUGGCUCUCUGCCAGACCUGACAAACAUCCAUUUCCCUUCUCCCCUCCCAACACCACUAGAUCCUGAGGAAUCCACGUUCCCAUCCCUGAGUAGCUCCAAUAGCACCGGAAACCUUGCAGCCAACUUGACUCACUUGGGCAUCAGCACUGCCAGUCAGGGAAUGACAACGACGCAAGCCUCAUCCCGGCAGCCAGCUGUCAGUCCCCUCUCACUGAAUGCAGACUCCAGACGACCACAGUCCCAACAGAUGUCUCCUACGCUCUCACCUCUGUCGCCAAUUACUCAGGCUGUGGCUAUGGAUGCAUUGUCUUUGGAACAGCAGCUUCCACCAUAUCAGUUUUUUACCCAGGCUAGUUCCCAGCAACAGCAACAGACCCAAGUGGCAAGUAGUCUGCCUCAGAAUGCCCCUUUAAUGCAGACUUCUGGCUUACAGCGAGGAGCACAGCUUCCCCCCCUCUCAGUCACGGUACCAUCAACCAUCCCACAGUCACCUCCAGGCAGCCAGACCCAACCUUCCAUGGGCAUAGACAUCAACUCGGCUUCACUCCAGCAGUACCGCAGUAAUGCUGGAUCCCCAGCCAACCAGUCUCCCACCUCUCCUGUCUCCAAUCAAGGCUUCUCUCCUGGCAGCUCCCCUCAACAUUCUUCCAUUCUGGGGAGUGUAUUUGGUGACUCCUAUUAUGAUCAGCAGAUGACAGCUAGGCAGGCUAAUGCCCUAUCCCAUCAGCUUGAACAGUUUAAUAUGAUAGAAAACGCCAUUAGUUCCAACAGCCUGUACAGCCCCUGCUCCACCCUUAACUACUCCCAGGCAGCCAUGAUGGGACUUACUGGGAGCCAUGGCAAUUUGCAGGACUCGCAACAGCUGAACUACUCCAGCCAUGGAAACAUCCCCAACAUCAUCCUCACAGUGACUGGAGAAUCUCCUCCCAGCUUAUCAAAGGAACUGACCAGCUCUUUGGCAGGUGUUGGAGAUGUCAGCUUUGAUUCGGAUUCCCAAUUCCCGCUGGAUGAACUCAAAAUUGACCCUUUAACCCUGGAUGGACUGCACAUGCUUAAUGACCCAGAUAUGGUCCUCACCGAUCCUGCCACAGAGGACACUUUCAGGAUGGACCGGCUGUAGACUGAGGACACCAUGAGCCUGGGAAUAAAAUUAGUUCCUGGAGCCCAUCUGAACUGAAGAGUCCAAUGGGUUAGUCAUGUCCGAUUAAAGAGUUACCGAGAGCAGUAGCUCUGUCAUGUACAACAUGUACAAUGAGUAAAGCUUGUUGUUCUAAGCUUGCAGUGCUGCAGACCCCCAUUCCCCGUUGCACCAUAGUUUAUCCCUUAUCUACUCAUUGCCAUUAAAUGAGUAAGGAGUUUGCAUCAGCCUUCUCCCCUCCAAACCCCCACCAGCGAAGUCCCAGUGUAAGGUUGUUAAUUUAUCCUUUGCACUAGAAGGUGGUGGUUCUGGGUAGGUGAUGAAGGUUCAGAAUCAAGGGUAAAGAGAUUUUCUUUGUAAAAUACCACAUCAUUAGCAUUUGAUCAUUGGCUGUUUCUGUAACUGAUCAACAGCCAUCUCCUUGCGAGACUGAGAGGGGAAACUCUCAGACUACUGACCUCUCACUAACUCUAAAGCAAAAUGCCUGUAUGGCCACCCUCUGGGAAACGAGGGAGGCUGUUAAUUUUGACUCUCCCAGACUAUUUUGUGACGGUUGCUUUGUAGAGUACAAUGCUUCUCCCUUGAUUGAUAUGCCAUAUUUGUUUUCAGGUUUGUUUCCUUGACUGUUGUCCAGCACCCACUGCCUGUUCGUAUGCCCUGAGCAAACUCGUGUACUUGGCAAAGCAGGAAAGCGGCCUGGCAGCCCAGUGGGCUCUCGGUAGCCGGUUAUCCAAAAAAGCAACUGUAAACACUAUUUCUGGAGCCUUUUUCUUGUUUUAAAUUUCUGAGCACACAAAAAAGUACUAUAAUUCAUUACCUGGUGAGUGUGAAGGAGUGAGUGGAGCAUUUUGAAGCCACUAAAAGUAUAUUGGUGGCGAAGUUGCAGAGAAUUUUAUUUUUAAAUUCUGCUUCUUGUGUGAAAUUCAUAUAGGCAACAGGAAGGGCCGUUGUGUAGCAAUACCCAGCCCAAGUCAUGGUGGCUAUUUUUAUGAUUUUUUUUUUUGUUCUUGUUCGUUGCCUAUUGAAUAUUCUGUUACUGUUAUUUAUGCAUUUUUUUAUUUAAGUAUUUGGAUAUUAGAAAAGUAGCUAAACUACAUACGGCCAAUUGAAGCACUCUGCAUAAUACUUAUACAGUACAUCCUUUUGUGAUUUUUAUUCCAGAAAUAUUAUAUAUAAUAUUUUUAACUAACUGGAAUUUGAAGCCAGAUGCUGACCAGAAGUAAGCAAACCCAGGGCAAGUCUGUCAAGUGUUUGCUGUUUUAUAUAUUCACAUUAGGGUAACAGGAACAUACAUAUUUUUUGACAGGGUUACUGGCCUACUGGAUAGGGGGAAGAAGAUACAGAUGUGAUGGAUCUUGAUUUCACUAAGGUUUCUUGACAGAUUCCCACAUGAUAUUCUCAUAAGCAAAUUAGUGAAAUGUGGCUUAGGUUAAGUUACUAAAAGAUGGGUGCACAACUGGUUGAAAAACCAUACUCAAAGUGUAGUUAUCAAUAGUCCGCUGUCAAACUGGGAGGGUGUAUCUAGUGGGGUCCUGAAGUAGUCAGUCCUGGGUCUGGUACUAUUCAUUAUUUCGUUAAUGGGUUGGAUAAUGGAGUGGAAAGUAUGCUUAUAAAAUUUGUGGGUGACACCCAAGUUUGGAGGGGUAACAAGCACUUUAAGGGACAGGAUUAGAAUUCAAAAUGACCUUGACAAAUUAGAGAAUUGGUCUGAAAUCAACAAGAUUAAAUUCAGUAAAGAUAAAUGCAAAGUAUUACACUUAGAAAGGAAAAAUCAAUUGCACAACUACAAAAUGGGGAAUCACUGGCUAGGUGGUAGCACUGCUGAAAAGGAUCUGGGGGUUAUAGUGGAUCACAAAUUGAAUGAGUUAACAGUGUGAUGCAGGUGUGAGGGGGGAAAAAAGCUAAUAUCCUGGGGUUUAUUAACUGGAGUGUCAUAUAUAAGACAUAGGAGGUAAUUGUCAUGCUUUACUUGGCACUGGUGAGGCCUCAGCUGAGUACUGUGUCCAGUUCUGGGUGCCGCACUUUAGGAAGGAUGGUACUAAAUUGGAGAGUCCAAAGGAGAACAGAAAUGACAAGGGUUAGAAAAUCUGACCUAUGAGGAAAGGGUAAAAACACUGGGCACGUUCAUUCUUGAGAAAAGGUGACUCGGGAUCUGAUAGUCUUCACAUAUGUUGAGGGCGGCUAUAAAGAGGAAGGUGAUCAGUUGUUCUCCAUGUCCUCUGCAGGUAGGACAAGAAAUAAUGGGCUUAAUCUGCAGCAAGGGAGAUUUAAGUUAGAUAGUAGGAAAAACUUUCUCGCUAUGAGGGUAGUUAAGCUCUGGAACAGGCUUCCAAGGGGGGUUGUGGAAUCCCCAUCAUUGGAGAUUUUUAAGAACAGGUUGGACAAACACCUGUCAGGGAUGUUCUAGGUUUACUUGGUCCUGUCUCAGCACAGGGGGCUGGACUUGAUAACUUCUCAAGGUCUUGUCCAGCUCUACAUUUCUAUGAGUCUGGGAUAUUUCUUCUGUAACCCUGGAAAAAAUCACUUGCUAAUAGUGAAAUGUACUGUGUCCUAGCAUGCUGAGGCUCUUACAUUCAUAGUAGAGUACUUCUGUUAGUCACAGCUAAUAUUCUUUGGUACAGCACAGCAGAAUGGUAAAUGAUUUAAAAAGCAGACCACCCAUUGAUUCUAAAAUGGUGAUUUCACUUAAAUGUAAUGGCUGAAAUUGACAUAGAAUAAUGAGUCCUAGAUUCCUGACACUAGGUCACUCUUUUACAAAUCUGAGAAAUAGGAUUUGCUGUUUACCAAGAGGCCAGUGCACUUGCGGUACUUGUCGGAGAAGUAUAGCUGUUAAAAUGUUGUGCUCAUUGCACUAUAGUCCUCCCAGUAAGAGAACCCACAUACAUGACUCUUCUCCUCAGCAGAAGUUAAAAUUUACAUUAUUUGACUUGUACUAACAAAAAAAUAUUUGAUUACAAAUAGUAUAUUGAAUAUGUUAAUGAAGGAAUUACUGCAAAAAGAAAGAAUAUUUCACUGCAGCAGGGGCCGAACAUCCAAAUAUAUUUUUGAUAAAUACAAUUUCAAAUAAAAAAGCCUUCUUAACUUAUAUUUAAAGACAUCAUUUGUUUGUUUGUUUUUCCCCUUUCAGGAAUGGUGUUUAUUCUCCACCCUCUCCAAAUCCUGUUCUGCUAUUGACUGAGUUUGCAUUGCCCUGUUUUGCAUUUGGUCAACAAAUGCAUGUUAGAGUUUUUGUUUUUUUCCCCCAAUUAUGAAAUUUUUUAUCUAAAAACAUCCCCCAACCCAAUCACCCCACUCCCCAAAAACCUUUCCCUUCCCUUUUUUUUGAGCAAGGAAUGUAAAUGUCCAUGGCAAAAGUGGGCUUCUUCUAAUGAGUUAUAGCUAGGUUUCUGUGUGCUUCCAGAAAUCCAUGAGGUGCUGUCCUGAGAUGCACAGAGACACUGCUAAGCAGAAUUACUGCUGGGAUCUUAUAUAAUGGGGAUGCGUGUUUGCUCACAUAUUUGUGCCAUUAGUUGACCAUUUGCACUAAAAGUGAUGUGGGAUUUUUAUUUUUUCUGUCUCAUAGCUUUUGUGUAAGCUUCUUGUUAAAGAAUGGUUUUCUUUGGUUCCCCUCCACAUAAUUGCAAAGCUAUCCUGCAUCUCCAUUUAUAAUGUUCAUCAACAUUUAAGCCUGAUGUUACGUGUUACUCCCAAAGUCUGCUUAUGUCAGAUUGCUAAUGCUUUUUCAAUUUAAAAAAAAAAAAAAGGUAGCUUUAAACAGGAGGUUA